AUGGAUAUAGGCACUAAUGUAUGGGUCAAAACAAAAGACACCACUGUGUGGGCUGCCGGUGAAGUAGUCGACUAUCAGAAUGUCGCUGGUCUCGUGCAUGUGCGUCGUUUAGACACUGGCGAAGUCUUAACACGCCGUUAUCCGGGUUUUGAAGAUGAAGUAUGUUUACGUAACAUGUCAGCCAACUUCCCGACGAUGUCAAGUCUCACGAACCUUGAACACCUGCAUGAGGCGGCGCUAUUGCAAGCACUUAGUGAGCGUUUUGCCCACGAUGAGAUUUACACGUCCAUUGGGGACAUUUUAGUCGCGCUAAACCCUUUAAAACCGCUGCCGAAACUCUAUUCGGAAACUCUGUUGGACGCGUACAAGCAAUUGAUGACGUCAUCUCCCCUGUUGCUCAAUAAAGAAAAAGGGUUACCUCCUCAUGUUUUUGCUAUUGGUGGCAAAGCUUUUAGCGGGCUUUUGAAACCCGAACGACGUAAUCAAAGUAUCCUGGUCAGUGGGGAAAGUGGAAGUGGCAAAACCGAAAACACAAAAUUUCUCAUGCAAUUUCUAACGAGUGUGGGACGGGGCACAUCGGCCGAUACAAGUGGUGCAGUAGAAAUUGGUCGUCGGAUCUUACAGACUAACCCUAUUCUCGAGUCUUUUGGAAAUGCACAGACUAUCCGGAAUGACAAUUCCAGUCGUUUUGGCAAGUUUAUAAAAAUUCAGUUUGGAGACAAGAAUGAGAUUGUCGGUGCACAAAUCGUGAGUUAUUUACUGGAAAAGGUGCGGCUAUUGCAUCAGAAUCCAGAAGAACGGAGCUUUCAUAUUUUCUAUGAGCUGCUCGAAGGAGCAGACACGGAGCUACUGGAUAUUUUGGGGUUGAAAAAAGGUGGCAGAUAUGAGCUACUUAAUUCAUAUGGACCUGAUUUUGCUCGAAAAAGGGCUGUAACUCAAAAGUAUGCGCAGCUUUAUAUGGAGACUGUACGUGCUUUUGAAGAUACGGGGGUUGAAGAGCAGGAACGACUGGAGAUUUUCAAGAUUCUGGCCGGAUUGUUACAUCUUGGAAACGUCAAUUUUACGGCAGUUGAUGAGGAGGAAGAUGCGACUGAUGUGACUGCAGAAUCACGCUUUCAUUUGGAAAAAAGUGCACAACUUUUGGGCGUGAAUGUGGACAAGCUGAAGACGCUAUUGAGUCGUCGAGAAAUCAUGGCUGGAAGCGAGGUGAUGGUGCUGAAGCUCAAUCCGGAGCAGGCAAAAGAGAUCUGCCGAUCUUUAGCUAAGGCUUUCUAUGGUCGACUUUUCACGUGGCUAGUUCGUCGUCUGAGCGAUGAGAUUAAUUACGUUGACUCGGCCAUUUCGAUUUCGGAGGAGGACGAGGAGUUAGCGACCAUCAGUAUUCUUGAUAUCUUUGGGUUUGAAAGCUUGAACUGCAAUGGAUUCGAGCAGCUCUGCAUUAAUUAUGCUAACGAGCGAUUACAGGCGCAGUUUAAUGAGUUUGUCUUUGUACGCGAGCAACAGGUGUACAUUGCGGAAGAAAUUGAUUGGAGAAACAUCUCGUACCCUAGCAACGCAGCGUGCUUGGCUCUGUUUGAUGACAAGAGCAGCGGCUUGUUCUCAUUGUUGGACCAGGAAUGUCUGAUGCCUAAGGGAUCGAACCAGGCUUUGAGCACGAAGUUCUACCGGUACCAUGGUGGGGAUGGGUCCCCGGAUUCUACAGGACUUCUUAGGCAGCCGCAACUUGCUCAGAGCACUCUGCCGCUGCUCAUGUCGUCCUUCAGCAAGUAUUUGAAGAAAGCGGGGUCCCACGAGGAACUUGUCCAGCAGGACACCAAGAAACACACUUUUUCGGCGUCCAAGAUGGAACGUGUGAACCAUCAGUUUGUGGUGCAUCAUUUUGCUGGACGCGUGUGUUACAAUGUUGAACGGUUUGUCGAGAAGAACACUGACGCGCUUCCAGCUGAUGCGAGCAGCAUUUUGUCUACCUCUAGUAACGAAGUGGUUGUGGCGAUCGGGGCUAAUGACAACGUGGAUUUGCCAAGUGCGGACAAUGGAGUGGCAGGUCGACGGCGUUGUUCCAUGUUGCGUGCGCCUAGUGUGUCUGCGCAGUUCAAAAGUCAACUGGACCGGCUCAUCGUCCAGACCGGUCGCACGGAGGCGCAUUACGUCCGCUGUUUGAAGCCCAAUGAGCUCAAGAAGCCUGGAAUAUUUGAUCGUGAGAGAAUGGUUGAACAAAUGCGCUCCGUUGGUGUGCUAGAGGCAGUUCGCAUUGCGCGUCAUGGGUACUCUGUGCGCCUCGCGCAUGCGAGCUUUGUCGAUCUUUUUUCAGAAUUCAAGUGCUUUUUGAGCGCGCGAGAUCGAUCGACGAAGAUGAACACUAGCGACUUGGCGCGAGCUCUUGUGGCUAUAUUAAUGGGCAAGAUUCUACUGGAAGACGGCGAGGGACGCGAAGAAAAAAAAACGGGUGUUCAAAUUGUUGCUACUGAUGACUGUAAUGAGACGGCGUUCGAUAACGAUUGUCGCCACAAGGACGUGCAGGUCGGCAAGACACUAGUAUUUUUCAAGGCUAGCACCUACAAUCGGUUUUCUCGAUACCGCUUGAAGUUACGGAAUCAGUGUGCGACAGUGCUGCAGAAGCAUUACCGCGGGUACCGACGUCGGGUGUUGUUUCAGGAGCUGCGUAGCUUUGUGGUGCACGUACAGGCGAUUGUCCGAGGAUUCCUCGGACGGAGGCGUGUGGACAGAUUGCGCCAAUUGCGUCGAGACAAUGCAGCCACUUGUAUUCAGUCAUGUUGGAAGCGUUUCCUGGCACAGUGUGUCCUUGCAAAAAUGCUGAAAGACAAACGUCAGCUUGUUAGUGUCAUUUGCAUUCAAAUGCACUGCCGAUGCUGGCUAGCUAGACGGAAACUUGCUAAUCUUCGCAAACAAAAGAUUUGGAUUGCUGCUGCGAUUCGUAUUCAAGCUCAAUGCAGACGCUGGAUCGCCGAACACAAGCGUGAUGAGUUGUUAAGGGUGAAGCGUGAAAAUGCUGCUGCUAAUGUCAUCCAGAGUCAGAGCCACAGGUGGCUUGAGCAAAACAGUGAUGUGAUGGCAAAGGUUCAUCGUUUCCGGUUGAUGAUGGCUUUCCACAAAUUCCGCCGUGCGUGCCUUGCCUCACAGGCAACGAGCGAAGUGGAGGCUGAGCCAUCCCCUAGUGAUGACUCAGCGUCAAGCCCAGCGAAACGUCAUGCAGUUAUGUCAUUCGACCACCCGGUGACUCUGUCAAGCUCAGAGCAGGAAGACAGCUCUACCAGCGAUGAACAGAUGGAGCCCCGGAUUCGUAUUUCCGCUCCCACCCACUGCUAUACCAGCAGCAGACACCACAACCGUGCAAGUAGCGGUCAUAUUGACGACCAGAAUUCGCUGCUUGAGAGUGAGAUAUUGCGCUUGCAGCAGAUGCUCAUGCAGCAGCAGAGCGGUCAUGAGAAUAGUCCUCCUCGGAAUCAUCGGCGCCGAUCGUUGAUUAAUGCUCGCCCGCCGCGGAGCGUACCUCUCGACUUGAGUCAUGAGCAUUCGGUCCGAGCACCGCAUCCGCGAUCGGAACGUCGUCGGUCUUCAGUUGGUGGAGCACUAUCCGAAGAUAAGGAUGAACUCGACGACGAGGUGUCACUUUUGCAGCCGCGCCGUGCCCGUAGUGUGGUGCCCGGGAAACAGGUCGACCACGUUUCCGUGUUGUUUCACAAGAUCGAAGAGCUGGACGCGAAAUGCAAGUUUCUGGAACAGCUCGUGGCUCGCAAGAACUACGAAGAUGCGGCACGAGAGUCGUUUACAUACGGUCAAGGCGGUAGUGAGCGUUUUCCGUCUGGAAGUGGGUCAUCAUUGUACGACGAUAUUUGUCCGAGUGAAACGGGCUCGGAUGUGGACUCGAUCAUCUUUAACAUCCAGAACCAGAUGAACAUGCUUCGACAGUCUAUUGCUGUGAAGGAGCAAGACCUUCGCACGUCGCGCGCUUCUCGUGCCAUGUCGUUCUCGUCCAGUACACGGCCGACGCGUUCUUCGUCUAUCACCUCGACGAUAUCGUUUUCCAACUUCCCGAUGGGUGAGGCCCCACGGAGCCUGUCGUCGCUUCCACUAUCCGAGUCGCAGCUGUCGUCUGGCGGAUCGUCGUACGGCAACAGUCGACGUAGUGGUGGAAGUUCGCUUGGGCGACCUUCAACACCGACUUCCUCAGUAGCAUCGUCGUUCUACCAGGGGCCUCCACGUUCUGUACCCGCGCAUUUUGGUGGUCGAAGCAUGCCUCGCAUCGUAAAAUGGGCCCGCUCCACCAGUUGCUAUGAGUGUGAGGAGUCAUUCAACCUAUUCGUGCGGCGUCAUCACUGUCGUAUGUGCGGUAAUUCGUUCUGUCACGAGCACUCGAGCAGGCGCGUGUCUGUCUUCGGCAUCGGCUUUGAUGAUGAGCCUGUACGCGUGUGUGACAACUGUUUUGCCGAAUACUACGCGUCGCAGGAGUCACUUACGCCUCCGCAUCUUCCGCCAUACGGCUUCACCUCUGCAUCCUCGCGGCUCAGUGGAUUGUAG